AUGUACUUCCUGCACCAGCUCAAGAAGCUCAACCUGUCUGGAACUGCUGAUCCACAUCUACACAACCAGGAUUCAGUCUGCUCUCUGCACAUCAAACACUACACCAAGAAGCUCCAUGAGGAUGAAGAAACACAGAUACACAGAGAGACGAAGAGCAAAGAUUCAGAACAGGAGUGUUUGAUGGAAAGAGAAACAGGUCGAGAGAAACUCACAGCAAAAACUGAAACAGUGAAGAAUCAGAACAAGUGGGACAUUUCAACUCUGGCAGCGAGCGGGCUUGUGCGUGAGACUACAGAGAAUGACUGCAGCAGUUUCACGGGAUCGCGCCAGUUACACAGAAGCCGCUGCCAUGGUUACCUGUCUGUUGAUGAGGAGCGCAGAGCGAUCCCGCGGAUCAAAGCCCAUCAGUGUCUGAACUGUAGAUCUCUUGUCUCUCCAGUGAUAAAUGUGCUGCUGUUGUUGCCUGCACAAGUUCAGUACAGCUGUUCUCUCAGAGCUGAUGCAACUUUUCCGCAUAUCAUUCCAUCCCGGCUGCAGUUCUUUGAAUAUGAGUCUGUCUCUGUAAACUGUGAGGGCUCUUUAAAUGAUCUGACUGAAUGGAGAGUGUUUAGGAGAAUCAAAGGAAGAAAUAUUACAUGUAACAAUAAAUGGGAGAUAACAGGAUCCUGCAACAUUACAAAUGCUUUUUCAAGUGACACUGGAGAGUACUGGUGUGAUGCUAAGGAAAAGAAAAGCAACAUCGUCAGAAUUGUAGUGACAGCUGGGCCUGUGAUCCUGGAGAGUCCCGUGCUUCCUGUGAUGGAGGGAGAAGCUGUGACCCUGAGUUGCAGACAAAAGAAAAUGUCCAGCCUUGAUGCUCAUUUCUAUAAAGAUGGCCUCCUCAUCGGGAACAGCUCUACAGGAGAGAUGACCAUCAAUGUUUCCAAGUCUGAUGAAGGACUCUACAAGUGUGACAUCUUUGGAGCUGGAGAAUCGCCAGAGAGCCGGCUGGCUGUCAGAGCAAACCAAGAACAGACUUAUUUUUCUCCUCAUGUCUUCAACCUGCUUUGGAUAGUUGUCCCUGUUGUACUCGUGACUUUUCUACUUUUGGUAGUGGGGCUUUGCUCCAUGAAGCACAAAGGAAGUGCUUCAACCUCUCCUCCCUCAUUUGCAAAGCCUUCUCCUCCACAAACAGGGUUUGUUGAUAGUGGGGCUUGGGACCCAAUCUCGGAGUGUGGGGAUGAUGAAGACAUCUCAUCGCUGAUUUCUCAUCAGGUUGCCCUGGUUCCCCAGCACCUGACGUGCGCCUUGUUGAUCCAGGCGACGUUCGAGCUGGUGUGA